AAUGUGCAAAAGUUCGUGACCUUUCCACGUGCAGCGAACUAGUGCGCUUUAUUUGGAAUCGGACAGAGAAUGUUGCACGACGAUAACGCCGCGGAAGAAGCUGGUGAACUGAGCUCCGCGGGAGCCUUUAUAGACACGACUGGAGAGAGGGGGAAGAAACGAAAGAAAAUUCCCGUCCAAGUCACUGGGGCUUUCGCCGACAGAGAGGAGGAGGAGCUAGAGGCGCUUGUGUUCGGGAGACAGCUCUUCAAACGUGUGGAAGAGAGCGGCAGUGAGACUGACUCUAGUGAAGAUGAGUCUGAGGACGAGGAGGGAGUGAGACAUGAGGGAGUGGCCAGGGAUGAGCCGGCCUGGAGAGACGAAGAUGACGAUGAACUCAGCGUGGACAUGAUGUCCAAAAUGCAUCGAAAGAGGCUCAGACAAGAGGAAAGUGACAGAGUAGUGUCUGGUCCUACUUAUGCCAGUCGCCUCAGAACCAAGUUUCAACAGCUUGGUGGAGACCCCGACUGGGCCAAAAGGAAGAAGGAGGGAGAGGAGAGGAGGAGGGAGAGGAGUGACAGUGACAGUGACACCACUGAUGAUGAAGGAGGAGGACUGCUGCAGAGAUCUGGCCAGUUGUUGUGUGGCUCCGCCCACCACCGGCUCCCUCUGUCUCUCCUGGACGUGAAGAGAGUGAGAGACAUCAACAGAUCCAAGAGAGCUCAGGCAGCCGUCAAAUGUCUGGAGUUCCACCCCACGGCCAGUGUCGCCCUCACUGCCGGCUGGCACAAGACUCUCGACCUAUUCCAGGUGGAUGGAGAGGCGAACCAGAAACUGCAGAGUGUCCACGUGCAAGAUUUCCCGAUCUCCACUGCCCAUUUCACGGGCGAUGGGACGGAGGUGGUCAUGUCCGGAGAGAGGAAGAGUUACUAUGUCUACGACAUGAUUGCCGGGAAGAUCACUCGCAUCUGUGGCAUUAGAGGAAGAAAGGAGCGAAAGUACAGUACCUUCACGGUCUCACCCGAUAACAAAUUUCUGGCCUUCCUCGGGAAAGACGGUUACAUCAUCUUUGUGUCAAACAAGACCAAGCAGUGGGUGGGUGAACUGAAGAUGAAUGGUGAAGUGGGGGGUGUGGCCUUCACCCCUGACUCCCAACACCUCCUCUCAUAUGGCACUGAUGGUCAGGUGUACGUAUGGGACGUGGCAUCAAGGCAGUGUGUCCACCGUUUCACUGACGAGGGGUGUGUGGUGGGGCGGAGAGUGGGCGUGUCCCCCGACGGACAAUUCGUCGCCUGCGGCUCGGAGAGCGGGAUCGUGAACGUGUACGAGAGGUCAGAGGUCAUGGCCAAAGAGUCGCCGAAACCGCUACGAGCCGUCAUGAAUCUCACGACUGCCGUAGACCAUCUUCAAUUCAACUCAACCAGUGAGAUAUUGGCCGUUGCAUCGUCGGCAAAGAAAGAUGCUGUCAAGAUGGUCCACUUGUCUUCACUAACAGUGUUCUCCAACUGGCCGCACGUCCACAGUCGCCUCGGCCGCCCCACCUCCCUCCACCUCUCCCCUCUCUCUCGCUAUCUCGCCCUCGGCAACGAGAGGGGGAAGGCCCUUCUAUUCAGACUCAACCACUACCAUCAAGCAAGCCAAAACUGAACUUGAACAUUGGCAAGAAAAGUCCAGUCGUCUGAAUUGUGCGAUUUUUCUAUAUUAUAAUAAUAUGUAACCAACUAACCGGCUGGCUAAUGUCUCUGCUCCAAUGCAGGGCAGGAUAAUGCGUGAACAUCACUUGCAGCAGUUUGGGGCGGUAAACUUGUACAUGUGGCAUUCGUUCAUAUCACAUACUUCAUUUGAAUGAAAAUAGUCAAUUUUUCUGCGUGUCGGUAAUGUUGGAGUUACAGUCCAACUUUCUUUGCUCUCAAAGGGGCUCCUUUCUGGACCCAGCCCCAGCUAUACUGCUGGCUUUCUGUUGACAAUGGAGCAGCAGCUACUGUAGCACUCACACUAGGCCACUCUCCACCGCUGCCUGCUUGUUCCUCUGUCAUCGAGUCCUGUUCCAGCAUCUUUGGUUCAUAUCUACUGCCAAACUCUUUUCUUCCGCUCUGUUUUUGUCCCCUCUCUCCUCUUACACCUCUCCCUCUUCCCCUGGAAUAGUGCUGCUGUUUCGAGUGGCCAAACUCUUCCGUGAAGAACUCCCUUCUCCAAUCCUGCCCACUAUUGCCAAGUUCACUUUUCUGCCCAAUUGCUCUGAAAUCAUCGCCUCCCCUUUCUCUCCCUCCUCUCUCUCGGCCACCAUAGUACUGUUGUUCGUUGCUGCCGUGUUCCAGCCUCCCCCCUCUUCCUCUUCUUCCUCCACCUCUCCCCCUCCACCUAUCUUCAUUCUCUCCUCUUUCAAACCGGUGUCGUCCUGAUCUCUCUCCUCCAUUUCUUCCCCUGCCAUCAUCAUUAUCCUCAUAUUGCUGUGAUGUCAGGGUCCCCGAGCCCCUUCCUCUGGGUGACCUGUAGUCUGUUUCUCUUUUCCACUGCUCCUUGCUCUCUGCAAUUGCAAGGCUCUCUUGAUAAGCCCACACCUCCUCCCAGUAAUCCUCUUCUCCCCCUCUGGACAUGUCUGGUUGCUGACUCCCAUAAUUUGAAGAGACUGUCAGCUUCUGCUCCAACCAGUCCGACAACAUGGAGCUCUCUGAUCUCUUUCCCUGGUCGUAA